AUGGACGUUGCAUCGGAGCUGGGGGCCGCGGCGGGUCGCUCGCUGCUGCUGUGCGCCGCUCUGCUGGCCGGGGGCUGCACUCUGGGCCUGUGUCUGGGCCGACACCGGGGGGCGGCGGACCGCGGGGCUCUCGCUUGGCUCUGCUACGACGCCUUGGUGCACUUCAUUCUGGAAGGCGCUUUUGUUUAUUUGGCUCUUGUAGGAAACAUUGCAGAAUCAGAGGGCUUGCUUGCUUCAUUGUGGAUAGAAUAUGGCAAAGCUGAUGCAAGAUGGCUUUAUUUUGAUGCAAACCUUAUGGCCGUGGAACUUCUGACUGUUUUUCUGGAUGGAUCUCUAGCAUUGUUCCUCAUUUAUGCCAUAGUCAAAGAGAAAUAUUAUCGGCAUUUCAUACAGAUUACCCUAUGUGUGUGUGAGCUGUAUGGUGGGUGGAUGACCUUCUUCCCGGACUGGCUUAUGGGAAGCCCCAAUCUCAACACCAGCAACUGGCUGUACUUUUGGGUAUAUCUGGUAUUUUUUAAUGGUCUCUGGGUUUUGGUACCAGGACUGUUACUGUGUCAGUCAUGGACAGAACUCAAGAAAAUGCAUCACAAAGAAACCCAUUCAGGGAAAAAGUUUCAGUGA